AUGUUAGAACAUUAAUCUAUAGCCCCUUAUUAGUCUAAAAUUAUUUCAUGUCAAAAAGCUAAUGUUCUCUAUACAAAAUUGCAUUGUUAACAAUAUCACAUUGCUGUAUAGUUUUAUUAGCAUUAUUAGUUCAAUUCAAUUAUAGUAUUUUAGUAUUUGUUGUCUAAUUGAACUAAUUAUGGUAAAUUGUAUAUUUAAAAUUUAGUUAACUUUAUUUGUUGUUGAUUAUUUAGUCUGUAAUGAAAUAAAAGAAAUUAUCAAAGUCUUUCAUGUCCAUCUUUAGAGUAAAUAGAAGUUAAAAAUUAUAUCUGCAAAAUUAUGGUAAUAGUUACUAAAUUAGUAUUUGAAAAUGGAGCUGAUGAUGUUUUAAUUACAUUAUUAGUCUAUCAUAUCCUAGAUGUAUUGAUUAUUAUAUUGGAACAACCUAUGAAUUAGGAAUUGUAAAAAAUUAGAUUUUCAAUUUAUUUUUAGUUCUUAGAGUAUUGAGAUAUAUUUGAUAAUGAAUACAUUCAAAUCUCAUAUUAAAAUAGAAUCUGAGUAUUUAAGAAGAAAAAUUAGAUUUAAAGAAAUCUCUCAGUAUUAAUAUGAUUUUUCUAAAUUUUUUGUUAAAUUUCCUAUCAACUCCAUUAAAAGUCUUACAUUUGAUAAUGGUAUUUUCUAUUAUUUAUUAGGAAAGAUAUAAAUUAUAGAAAUAGAGAAGAGAUAUAAUACAUCAGAGAAUGCAGAAUGUUCAUGUAGCUUAGAAAUUUAUGA